AUGAGCAACAAUUUGAAACGGGUUGCCAUCGCUCAAUUAUGUUCAUCCGCUGAUCUGGCCAAGAAUUUAAAGGUAGUGAAGGAGUUGAUAUUUAAAGCCAUUCAAUGUGAGGCAGACGUCGUUUUUUUCCCAGAAGCAAGCGACUAUCUUUCUCAAAAUCCACUUCAUUCCAAAUACUUGGCGCAAAAGAGCCCUCAAUUUAUUCAACAAUUACGGUCAGACAUUACUGACCUCGUCAGGGAGAAUUCGAGGAAUAUAGAUGUUUCUAUCGGAGUUCAUCUACCACCGACAGAUCAAGAUUUAUUCGAUGGUAAUGAUCGAGUUAAGAAUGUCCUCCUGUAUAUCAAUUACGAGGGUAAAAUACUACAAGAGUAUCAAAAGCUGCAUCUGUUCGAUGUAGACGUACCGAAUGGACCGAUCUUGAAAGAAUCAAAAUCCGUUCAGCCAGGCAACGCGAUACCCAACAUCAUAGAGACCCCAUUGGGAAAACUAGGUAAUGCGAUUUGCUACGAUAUUCGCUUUCCUGAAUUUUCUUUGAAACUACGGUCUAUGGGAGCUGAGAUAUUAUGUUUCCCCAGUGCAUUCACCACUAAAACAGGGGAGGCGCACUGGGAGCUUUUAGGAAGAGCAAGAGCGGUUGAUACUCAAUGUUUCGUGAUCAUGUCAGGGCAAGACGGUGUCCACGACCUCAGCGAUCUGGAAUGGGAGAAGCAGCUGCACGUCACUAAUUCGAUUAAAAGUCCCAUGAGAGAAUCUUGGGGUCAUUCAAUGAUCAUUGACCCCUGGGGGAAAAUAAUAGCACAUGCAGACUGCCAAAAAUCUGGCCCGCAGCUGAUUGUUGCUAAUUUGGAUUACGAAUUAUUGAGGAAAAUAAGGAUCAGUAUGCCUUUGUCGAAUCAGAGAAGAAACGAUCUGUUUCAUUGA